AUGGCAGCAAUGUCAGUGAUUAGCUUCACAUCAUUAGCCAAUGCUGGGUUCUCAGAGCUGAGAGGAAAGCACAUGCAAUAUUCCAAGUUCUGGAAUUUCAAUUCUUCUCAAAAAUCAGCAGAUAAAAAGCAGAAAAUUCCACAACUAUCUGGUAGAACAGGCAUGCUGAUUUUGUAUGCUCCCGCGUUUCUAGCCGCUCUCUCAUGCUUGCUGUGUUUUCCCCAUCACAGUACCAGGCAUCUGUUGCUCUCCUCAGCUUUAACCCUUCAUUUUCUUAAAAGGCUUCUUGAGGUUCAGUUUGUGCACAGCUACAGUGGAGGUAUGAGUAUUGACACUGCAAUCCCUAUCUCUCUCAGUUACUUCCUGUCAACAGCAACCAUGAUUUAUGGUCAAAACCUAACCCAAGGGCUUCCAGAGCCCCCAAUUGAUUUGAAGGAGACUGGGAUUCUCUUGUUUCUGAUAGGAAUUUCUGGCAACUUCUAUCAUCACUACAUUCUUUCAAAAAUGAGGUUAAAGGGUGACAAGGAGUAUAAGAUUCCAAAGGGUGGUUUGUUUGAACUUGUGAUAUGCCCCCACUAUUUCUUUGAGAUCAUGGGAUUUGUUGGGGUUUCUUGCAUUUCUCAGACUCUCUAUGCAUUCUCCUUCGCCAUGGGAACUGCACUCUACUUGACGGGAAGGAGCUGCGCCACCAGGAAAUGGUAUCUUUCCAAGUUUAAAGAGUUUCCCCAAACUGUCAAGGCUCUCAUUCCAUAUGUUUUGUAG